AUGCAAGUCUUCAUAGCGGAUAAAAUAGCAGAGAUAGGUAAACUGCAGAUCUCCCUGACAGGUUUAUUGGAGAACCUUGAAGCACAAGUGCAAAUUGCCAUUAACUUUUUUGGGGCAAAGGAAGACCAGUCAGAGAGGGACAGAUCAAUGAACGAUCUAGCCACCUUCCUAAGCACAGAAGCAAACGGUCUACAGCUUGAAGGUGUCAACUGGACAAAUAGAUUGAAGUACCGAAUGAGAGAACUGGAAGAACAAUCGAAUCGGAUUCAAGCCUUUACCCUAAGGACGUCUCCACGUUCCAGUUCAGCGGGAGACCCAGACACGGAAAGUUACUCAUCGACAAGGCAGUCUUCUGAUAACAAAGUACGACUACCGCAGCUUGAAGUUCCAACAUUCGAUGGCAGCUAUAAAGAGUAUCCAACAUUCUGGACAAUAUUUAACUCUCUAAUCCGCAGCAUCGGAGCUUAG